AUGGUGCACUGGAAGUAUGGAGCUCUUUGUGCUGUCUUCUUGAGUUGUUUGGUCAUCUACAUCUCCCAUUUCGUCGUGGUGGACUCGUUGAACGUGAGGAGGAAACUCCGAAUCGUACAGAUGCGAGCAUUGCAAGUGCGAAGAUCGUUGCAGUCAGGCUGCUCAAAGGUGAGGGAGAUGAAAAAUUCAUCCUUGGCACAAAGAAAUUUCUCGAUCGCUGCUGCGGGUUCAUGUCGCUUUAACACUUCUCUUGCACUUGCGCUUCCCUUAGGGCAUAUCACAAGCAGCAUGCUGAACGACACGUUGGAAGGAGGAAGGAGGCAAAGGGACAAGUGUGCAGUUUCAGUUCGCAGGCGUUUUAUCUUCAAGAUCACCGAUGGCUCGUUCUCUCAGCUUAUCUUGAACUUUCUUCGGAGUGCUUUCUGUCAAGGAUCAGAGUGUAAGGAUUCUGAAUUUCAAGUGACCGAUUGCCUGGAACAAGCGUUGAAGUACCCUCAAUUCUUCAGGUUUGCAAUCCUGAGUCAUCCUCAUUACACGUUGCUCGAUGUUUACAAGCGGAAAGAUCAUCUGAAGGAGAGGAGGUCCACAGUUAGUUUGCAGGCCCAGCACUAUCAAAUCUUGGACCAAGAUGGUUGUUCAACAGUGAACUUCAUCAUCAGGGCAGAAAACUUUGAUCUUGACUUCAAGAGCGUCUUGCAGUACAUUGAUAGCUGGCAUCUCGUCAAGUUUUUUGAGUUUCACAAAGCAUUCAUCAUGAACAGGUUUCAGCAAUCCUACAUUUCCGCUGUCAACCUGGUGCAGGGAAAUCAAGUUGACAUGGAUACCAUGACCUGGUUCAACGACAUUUUCAAGGAAGACUUUGUCACGUUUGGCUACAAGCCCGACCAGUUUGCAAACUUGUCCAUGAACACAAUAGACAGAAAUGAAACUUGUUUCUCUGUAGGACAUGAAUGCAUCGUGUCACUCCUCGACAACUUCAUCUACAUGCACGUGUUGAAGUCAGGAGGGUCUUCUUGGGACUCCUUCAUCAACCGAUUCUACUGUGGAAGAGACAGGAAAGAAUGCGAUAAGACCAAGUUCGUUCUCCUGCCGUGCAAAAGAGCGUUUCUUGACUUUCCUGAUCACUUUCGCUUCUCUUUCGUCAGAGAUCCAUAUCGCAGAGCAGUCAGCAUGUACCAGAUGGCUGUCUCUCCAGCCUUCCUAACAGGCAAACAGGUAUCGUUCGCUGAGUGGGUCUUGAAUAAGAGUGCGUUGUCAACGAGGGUGAUGAAAAUGCAUUGGUUGCCCCAAACUCACUUUCUCUUCACCAAGAAUCUCUGCCCCGUCGUUGAUUUCAUCGGGAGACUUGAAAACUUUCAUCAAGACGUCAUGACGAUUCUCCAUCGGAUCAACAAUCACAAUCUCACUCAGUUCUUCCUUGAGGGAAAUUUUGUUGUGCAGAACGCUUCACCGGAUAUCAAGGAGAAACAGAAAGACUUUGAGACGAUCACAGGGCGUGUAGAGGAAGAGAUCUAUCACGGUUACAAGGACGAUUUCGAGUUGCUAGGCUAUACAAGGAAGUAG